AUGGAGAACGAGACCUUGGCCUUUGGACCCCCUCUGGGCAACAGCAGCGUCAACCAGACGCUAGGGAAGAUGCCCCAGCACCCCAUGGAGCUGCAGGUGGUGACCAUCCUGCUGGUGCUGCUGAUCUGCGGGGUGGGCAUCGCAGGGAACAUCAUGGUGGUACUGGUGGUGCUGCGCACCAAACACAUGGUGACCCCCACCAACUGCUACCUGGUGAGCCUGGCCGUGGCAGACCUGAUCGUGCUGCUGGCGGCGGGCCUGCCCAACAUAUCAGAGGUGGUGGCCUCCUGGGUGUACGGCUAUGCCGGCUGCCUGUGCAUCACCUACCUGCAGUAUCUGGGCAUCAACAUCUCAGCGUGCUCCAUCACUGCCUUCACGGUGGAGCGCUACAUCGCCAUCUGCCACUCCAUCAAAGCGCAGCUGCUCUGCACCGUGGCCCGAGCCAAGCGCAUCAUCGCUUGCGUCUGGCUCUUCACCUCCCUCUACUGCAUGAUGUGGUUCUUCCUGGUGGAUACUGCCCAGGCUACCUUCUCAGACGGGGCACAGGUCAGCUGUGGCUACAGGGUCUCUAGGAACCUAUACCUGCCCAUCUACUUCCUGGACUUCACCAUCUUCUAUGUCAUCCCGCUGGGGCUGGCCACCGUCCUGUACGGCCUCAUUGCCCGCAUCCUCUUCAUGAGCCCUCUGCCUGCCACCCCCCAGGACCCCGGCAGGCUCAGCUCCAUGCACCAGGGCAAGCCGCCCAGCUCCAGCUCCAGUUCCAUGAAACUCUCCUGCCAGGGCAACAAGGGGGCUCUGAGCUCCAGGAAACAGGUGACCAAGAUGUUGGCUGUGGUGGUGAUCCUCUUUGCCCUGCUGUGGAUGCCGUAUCGCACAUUGGUGGUGGUGAAUUCCUUCCUGGACCCUCCUUACCUCAACAUCUGGUUCCUCCUCUUCUGUAGGAUGUGCAUUUACCUGAAUAGCGCCAUCAACCCCAUCAUUUACAACCUGAUGUCUCAGAAAUUUAGAGCAGCCUUCAAAAAAUUAUGCAAAUGUGAACAGAAAAGGACUGAGAACCCCACCCAAUACAAUGUUCCGGUGUACUAUAGCGUCAUGAAGGACUAUUCCCAUGAGGACUCCGAUCAUGACGUCACAGAACAAGAAGAUCUAAAUGGUUUCCCCGCAACAGUGAAGAAAAGUAAACUUUAUAGAUAA